GAAAGUGCUAAACACAGUUAAGAAGUGAGUGGGAGACAUAGUUAGAAUGUCGACUGAAGUGGAGUAUGACUGCAUAGUGAUCGGGGCCGGAGUUCAGGGCUCCUUCACGGCCUAUCAGCUGGCAAAAAAGAACAAGAAGACUCUUCUGCUUGAGCAGUUCGUCCUGCCCCACACCCGAGGGAGCUCCCAUGGCCAGACCCGCAUCAUCCGCAAGGCCUACGAGCAGGAUUUCUACACACACAUGAUGGAGGAGUGCUACGAGCUGUGGAGCCAGCUGGAGAAGGAGACGGGUGUCAAACUAUAUAGACAAACAGGACUCCUGGUGAUGGGACCAGAGAACAGUGAGAACUACCAGCUGUUUAAGAACACCCUGCAGAGGAACAACGUUCCUAUGGUGAUACUGAACCGUGAAAACUUCAGCCAGCACAUCCCCAACGUCAACCUGGCUGAGGGAGACGGUGCAGUGGUGGACGUUACUGCUGGAGUUCUGUAUGCUGACCGUGCACUCAAGACUGUACAGGGGCAGUUUCAGAAGUUGGGUGGGCUGAUUAGAGACAAAGAGAAGGUAACAGAGAUCAGACCUGGCCCCGUGGUCACUGUGUCAACGUCUGCUGCUGUUUAUCGAGCCAGGAGUGUGGUGAUCACCGCUGGACCCUGGGCCAACACCCUGCUGGCCCACACUGCUCUACAGUUACCACUAGAGGUGGUGAAGAUCAACGUGUGCUACUGGAAAGAGAAGGCUCCCGGAUCAUAUGAUGUGAAGCGGCGCUUUCCCUGCUUCUUGCUGACUGAGGGUGAGGAGGCGCAAGAGCACAUCUAUGGCCUCCCGAGCAACGAGUACCCAGGCCUGGUGAAGAUAUGCUACCAUAUGGGCAGUAAGACGGACCCAGACCAGAGAGACCAGCAGACAGACAGGUCUGACAUUGACAUCCUCCAGCGAUAUGUCGCCCGCUGUCUUCCUGGCCUGGUCCCUGAACCCGCUGUGGUGGAGAGCUGCAUGUACACGCUAACUCCUGACCGUCAUUUUGUGCUGGACUGCCACCCCAACUACAACAACAUUGUGUUUGGAGCAGGAUUCUCUGGUCACGGCUUCAAGUUUGGACCAAUCAUUGGCAAGCUCCUGUGUGAACUCAGCCUGGGUGAAGUGCCCUCCUAUGACCUUUCACCUUUCCGAAUCAGACGCUUCCAGGCAACGACCAAAUCAGCUUUAUAGAGCUAUACCUGGAUAGCAUCUAUAGAUUAUCAAGAAGUCUUAUACAAUAUGUAAUAUAAGUGUAAUUUGAUUUUAGAUUAGCAUGGUAAUUCAGCACAAUUACACGAUGACCAUAGGUUUUGUCUGCUGCUUUACUUGUAUGUAAAGUAUGUAUUUACUUGUAUCAGUAUGUGUUUCUAAUUCAACAUGGUGAGUUCAGCUAUUUAGCACUCAUAUGUCAUGUUAUCUGGUGGUUCACAUCAACAUUCAUCAAUGUAAUCAGAUUUUUUUAAAGGAACAGUUGACCUUUUUGGGGACCAGGUUAAUUUGUUUCCUGGCAAGUGAGAGAUGACAAGAUUGAAACCACUCUUGUGUCUGUUGAAGCUCUAACCAGGAGGCAAUAAGCUUAGUUUAGCAUGACACCUGAAAGCACAGGAAAACAGCCUGGUUCUGUUUUUAAAACCAUCUAUCUACCUGCUACUAAACCACAAUCCACACACAUACAGACAUGCUUAAAGGACAUUGAGCUUUUACAGGGAGUUAUACGCUGAAAAUUGCAGAGCCAGGUUAGCUUUAGGUAUGUGCUCCCAGUAUUAAUUAUGCUUCAUUAAGUUAACCGCCUGGUGGCUGUAGCUUGUAUUUACCACACAAAAGUUUUAUUUUCUUCGAAUUUAACUCUAGACAAGGUGAAUAACUGCAUUUCUUAAAAUGUAUGAGAGAAACCUUGGCCCUGUACUACAAAGCAAGCUCAACAUAGCCAGAGUAUCUAUUGGCAGUCCCACGACAGCUGUUAGCAACUCAGGGUUUCCCAUAGCCUGGGUAUACCCAUACUGCCUUGCGCGCUCUAAUUUAAUUUCGAACCUCCACACAGUCUGGAAACUACAACCGUUUCUUAGCCCUGUUUUAGGGAUCCAAUCACAGAACGGGGAGGGACGGCAAGACGAUGACGCAUACUACUCGGCAGACGGAAGCUUGUAGUUUUGUAGUUUUCUUACGGAUCCAACAUGGCUGCAGCAGACGCGAAACUCUCUUUGGAUCUAGCUGUAGACCGCAUUUUAAAUAG